AUGCGCGCCGCGGCCCCGCCAGCAGCGAUGGCACACCACCUCCACGCCGUCGUCCCGGCGUGCCGCCCCAGGCGCGCGCGCGUCGCCAUCGUGACCACGUCGCCGUCCAAGGCCCGUGAGGCCGACCCCGCGCCGACCGCCGCCGACAUCUCCUCGGCCGCCAACAAGACCAACCCCAACACCACCAAGACCGUCACCAGCAUCAGCAGCCACAGCCACAGCACUGCCGCCGACGCCCCCACGCCGCCCGCGUGGGCGCGCUACGGCCCCCUGCGCAAGGCCGACCUCGGCCCCGCCGCGGCCCUCCGCGACGGCAAGACCUGGGCGGCGGAUGUCAAUAACCUCGCCUGCGAUGCCGAUGGCCUGUCCGCCCGCAGCCUGCGGGUGAAGGCUACAGAGCAGAUGAAGUGGGUGAACAAGACCGGCGGGCUGCUGCCGGGCGCAGAACGGGCCUCGCUGGCGCGCCUCAGCGCCGCCACCGCCAUGCUCGGCGAUGCCAUGGCCACCAGCUGCGGCGGCGACGAGGCGCAGCUGGCGGCGGUGCUGGCGGCGCGCAGGACGCUGCCGGCCGCAGCGUCCGCCUGGCUGCCGCCGCGCCCGCGGCACCCGCGCGAGGCACCGACGCUGCGCACACAGUGCGCCUCCGACGCGCAGGUCAUGGGCCUGCUCGCCACUGUGGUCGCGACCCUCCACGCCGACGGGCUGGAGGGGCAUCUGGCCACGAUCAACAACGCAGACCCCAAGUGCAUGGGGUUUGUGAGCGGCAGCGUUUACAACGCCGUCCAACAGUUCGUGUGCAUGAGCCGGCACACCACCAACCUCUGCGCCGCCAGCCGCGACGCGCUCGCCUCUGGGGUUGUGCGGCGCGCUGAGGCCGUGCAGCGCGCGUGCGCCGCCACCGACGAGGCGCUGCGCCAGGCCGACGCCAUCGCGGCGAGGGCGGCGGCGCGCCUGGCGUGCCGCGAGCUCGCCGCGCCCGCGCGCGGCGCAGCCCUGCGGGGCGUGGCAGCGGUGUGCGGCACGGCGCUGGUCGCCGCUGAGGUGGGGCCGGCCCUGCUGGUGGCGCGACAGCGCGAGGUGGCGCAGCAGGUGCUGCGCAGCUUCCCGCUCGGGGAGCACCUCAGCGCCGACUGCGGCGAUGACGAGAACGAGUACGCGGCGCAGGGCCCCAGCGGCGGCAGGGACGGGGACCAGCAGCAGGGCGGCGACAGCCCGGACGCGGGGACGCCGGCGAUCAUCGUGCGCCGCGGGCCCAAGCCCGACGGCAACCUGGAUGGAGGUGAGGGGGCGCAAGCCGAGCUCGAGCCCGUCUGUGCAGCGAGCAGCGGCCGCCGCGCCGCCGCGCCCGGCGGCCCCUGCUCGCGCCCGCAGCGCGCACUCGGCUGGGCCAAGGCAGCCCUGGCGCGCGGCUUUGGCCUCUGCCGGCGCGCAUGA